AUAUGGGGUGGUAAAAGAGCUACAUUAGCACCACCACCUGCAGCAGUGAAUACGACAAGGCCUGCAUUACCUGCUAGCAUAUAUCGAUUUGACUCUGUUUAUCCUGCUAACUCAACAAUAAUUGUAUCAGAUCAGUUAUUAUAUCCACCCCUAAGAUAUGCACAUACACAAACCUUGAUAUCAGAACAUCGCAUUGUCGUAUUAGGGGGGUUUGAUGGCGCGACUGGUGAUGCUGUGUCGUUGGCUGAUGUUUGGGUAUUUGAUAUUACUGCGUCCAAAUGGAGUCAGAUUUACGCUCGAUUAGACAAGGAGAACAAGCCAGCAAACAGAAGUAGUCAUAGUCAGCUACUAAUGCCGGAUGGAUUUUCUAUUCUAGUAUAUGGUGGCUAUGACGGAUAUCAUGUUUAUAACGAUGUUGCUGUUCUCGACACGCGCACCUGGACAUGGAAUGUAAAAAAUACCAACGCUGCUGUGCAAGGAAGAGCUGAUCAUACAGCUACAUUGGUGAAUACCAAUAUGAUUGUAGCGUUUGGAUUUACAGGAGUAUCAACGGCACUUACAGUGAUGGCAGAUAUUGAAGUAUUGGAUAUUACGACCUGGAGCUGGACUUCGGUGUAUACACCCAAUGCAUCUGGAUCUGGUGGAAAACCAAAUAGAACAGGAGGUCAAGGUGAUAAUAUUCCGAGUUCUCCCUCCAUUUCCAUAGUAGCAGGAGCAGUAACAGGUGGACUAGUUGUGUUUAUAUUAAUUUUGGUGGCAUUCUAUUUUCUGAAUUCACAUCAUCAGAAAAGGAGAAACAAUAAGAGUGGAAAUUCUUCGUCAUCCAAUGUAUCUAUGCCAGCCACCGAAUCGCACCGUGUGAAUCGCAUCAAUAGUAGUGUGACCAGUCCUCAUGUUCGUCAUGAAAUGAUAGAGAUUACGUUUAAGGAUAGGCCUUCUUCUACCGAACCGUUUGAGUACCAAUCAAGAAGGCCGUCAGCACCUACUCCGCAUCCUCUGCAAAUUAAUAGUGGUGGUCCCACACGGUCUGACACGAUUAAUACAUCUACCACAGUGGUCACCAACGCUUCCUCGGUUAUAUUAUUACCGUCGCCUUGGUCGAAAGUCAGUUCGGGACAAGAUAAGGCAGUAGAAUCCUCGGAUUCAAUGAUUAGAAGAGCAGCCAGUACACCCACCCAUCAUCCAAUGCAAUCCAUUGCCAGUAUCAGCAAACCUGAUGACAAGUAUUAUCCAGUGAAUCCGUUACGAAGAGCAGCCACUGUGUCCGAAUCCAGUCAUAGUUUGAAACACACACUGACAAAUAAUUCAUCGACAGACACAAUUACCAACAAAAAUGUAAAAAGAGAUAAUACUAAUAAUAAAGAACUUAUUACACCUAAUAAUAAAGAAGAAGAAGAUGAUGAUACAUUUGAUAGACAGGAAUUUAUACUAAGAUCAGAGGAAGUGACUAAAAUAGACGACAGCUAAACCAC